AUGACCCCCUCCGAGCAAAAUUACAAGAUCCAUGACAAGGAGCUUCUAGCCAUUGUUGUGGCAUUGAAUGAAUGGAGAGCGAGAGCGGAGCUUGAAGGGCUGCGCAAGGCUACCAAUACAGAACUGCUGCCUGGCCAGCAGGCAGAAGAGCCACCACCCAUCACAGUUAAUGGUCAGGAUGAAUGGGAAGUAGAGGAGAUUAUCGCUUCACAGCUGAGCUAUCGGAAGCUGCAAAAUCUAUCAAAUAGCUAUCCACAGCAACGCAAUUAG